AUGCAUGAAAACAUCGAAAGAGCUAUGCGUUCCGCAGUAUCCAUAGAUAACUUUGAUGAAUUUGUGAGAAUAGUUCAAAGGUCCAGAGAACAACUGCAUGUUGAAAAACAAGAAAUCUUUCGAGAGUGGAAAAGCAAGAAGCGCAUAAAUACUAAUCGUCAAAAGGUGAUGGAAGAUGCAAACACCCAGAAACUUGGAAUUGCCCCUAAUGUACUCCUACAAGACAUUGUUGAAGUUAAAUUUGUUAAAGGUAAACGUGAGCUUUUCUAUAAGACCAGUUUUGAAUCUGAUCAGUAUGAAGAGUUUGACUUUCUCCAGAAAAAAGUUUGCUUCACACCAACAACUCCUUCCUAUAAAAUGUACCUAUCGCGGUAUAAAUACAGCGAAAUAAGCUACUAUAAUCAAGGACCUAUUACCAAAAAUGAAAAACAUCAAUCAUCGUGCGUUUUGGCUAAAUCUUCCUGA